AGCCAGCACGAGUCGAGGCGAAGCAGUGGAGUUGCAAAGGCGCAAUUCGUUGCAUUUUAGUUAAUAAAUUGGGUAUAUAUUGGAAGCGUUAAAAAAUUAAGUAUACAUUUUCACAAAAUUGAUUUGAAAAGUGAGAUGAAAGCUUGUGAAAUAAGUGACUUUCUAAGUGCAGUGAAAGGAAAUUCAUAUUCCACAUAGAAUAAAGGAAUUUCAAAUAUUUAACAUAAACUCACUGUUCUGUAAUUGAUAAAGCCAUUAGAUAUUAAUCAUGGAGACUAACGGCGAUGCUAGAGAUGGCAAUGGGAUAGCUGCUAGUGAUAGUCCCGUUCAUCCGAAAAUCAUAACACUUGAGGAAAUUGAAAAAACUAAAAAGAAAGGAAAAGAUGAUAUAGUGGAAACGGAUUUCGAUGAUCUUCUGCCCUACAUUGGAGAGUUUGGACUCUAUCAGAAAUUUCUCUUUGUCCUCAUGAUACCGUUCGCUUUUUUCGUCGCGUGGGUGUAUUUCAGUCAAAUAUUUAUUACUCUGGUGCCAGCUGAUCACUGGUGUCGAGUACCGGGGCUCGAGAAUCUCACUGUUGACCAGAGAAUUGCACUGACCAUACCACCGGCACGUGAUGGCGAGGAAGCAACUUCUAUGGGGUAUUCCAAAUGCUACAUGUACAGCCUUAAUUUCAGUGAAUUGUUGAAGAAUGGAACGAUUGUAGUGGUCGACCCCUCCUCACAGACUCAGCGAUGUCAGUAUGGAUGGGAGUAUAAUUUUACGGAUCUUCCUUAUGCGACGGUUGCGACACAGUAUGAUUGGGUUUGCGAACAAGCAGCAUUAGCUACAAUUUCUCAGAGCAUAUUCUUCGUGGGUGCUAUUUUUGGAGGAUUGAUAUUUGGAUUUAUAGCAGACAGAUAUGGAAGGAUUCCCGCACUCGUUGGCUGUAAUCUUGUAGGGUGUAUUGCAGGAUGUUCCACGGCUCUGAGCACAAAUUUCUGGCAAUUUACAUUGUGUCGAUUUUUCGUCGGCUUUGCUUUCGAUAAUUGUUUCACCAUGAUGUAUAUUCUAGUGCUCGAGUACGUGGGUCCAAAAUGGAGAACCUUUGUAGCGAACAUGUCCAUAGCUUUGUUUUUUACAUUCGCGGCAUGUAUUCUCCCUUGGGUUGCAUAUUUCCUUGCUGAUUGGCGAAUGACUUGCAUAGCAACAUCGCUACCACUCUUCUUGGCCAUUGCUACACCCUUAUUUGUACCAGAGAGCGCCAGAUGGUUAGUGAGCAUAGGUGAAAUUGACAAGGCUGUGAAAAUCUUGAACAAGUUCGAAAGAGUCAAUGGAACUCGAGUACCGGCCACUGUGUAUCGGUGUUUCAAGGAGAGUUGUGAAAGAGCAAAGAAGGCGGAGGAAGCUGAGAAUGGAUACUCUGUCAUUGAUUUGUUCAAAACUCCACGACUACGUGCUAUUACAAUUUUAUUAAUUAUUAUUUGGAUGGCUAUCUCCCUCGUAUUUGACGGUCACGUCCGUAAUGUCGACAACCUUGGAUUAAAUGUCUUCGUGACGUUUACAAUAGCCGCAGCUACGGAAUUGCCUGCGGACACGUUACUGACUCUAGUCCUUGACAGAUGGGGACGCAGGUGGCUUGCAUGUGGCUCAAUGGUUAUUUCUGGUAUAUUCAGUAUCUGGGCUUGUGCUGUUACAAAUAACAUGUAUGCAGCAUCAUUAGCUAUAUUAGGAAGGUUCUGCGUAAAUAUUUCAUACAACAUUGGUCUGCAGUACGCAGCCGAAUUGUUGCCAACAGUUGUGAGAGCUCAAGGAGUUGCUCUCAUUCAUACAAUGGGAUACGUUGCCAGUAUAGCAGCUCCAUUUGUCGUUUACAUAGCCAUUAUAUCACCUGUUCUUCCUCUUCUUCUUCUGGGAUUAUUCGGUAUAAUUGGGGGUUUUCUAGCCUUGUUUCUACCAGAGACUCUUGAUAAGGACUUACCACAAACUCUGACAGACGGAGAGGAGUUUGGGAGAGAGCAGGAAUUAUGGGACAUGCCUUGUUUUAUGAAAAAAGCGGAAAGUGAAAAACAGAGGUGCGAAAUAAUCAGACAUUAUAGGACCAGCAGUUUGAGGAGUAACUUCGGUGCUUCACUACGUGGUGAAACCUUUAGGAGUAGGAUGAUUCAGAGAUCCAGUAUUACAUCGCGAAAGAGCAUCUCUAACGCACCUGUUGAGGUCGUUAGGCUGUGAUGCUGUGAUGGAAUACAAAGUAUAAAACUUUUGUAUUAUCCAAUGUAAAGAGUGGAGAAUAAAAUAUGUAUAAGAGUA